AUGUCACGCGCGCCGCUUCCAGCCGCCGCUUCCGUUCGCUCCCCAGCCCGUGCCGCCGAACGUCAAGGCCCUCGUCACGCGAGGCUCAGAUUCACCCGCGAUGCCUUGUUGAGUUCUCCUCCCCCUCUCCCCCGCUCCUCUCCUCCCUCUCUUCCUCCCCACCUCUUCUUCCCCACCUCUUCUUCCCCGCCCUUUUCCUCUUCCCCUGUCCUCACUCCCCCUCCUCUGCCCCUCUCUUGUUCCACUUUCCUCCUCUCUCCUCUCCCUCUCCUUUCCCCAUCUCCUCUCCCCCUCUCCUCUCCGCCUCUACUCUCCUGUCUUCUCCCCCCCUCUCCUCCUCUCGCUCUCCUACUUGCCCCCUCCUUUCCCAAACGGCUUCCCACUGGCGGCAGCACGCACAGGGAGGGGAGUACCGGCGCGCAGCACGCUCGCCUGGCGCUGCAGCUGCAGGGAGCACCGGCUGCUUCCUACGGGCGGCAGCACGCGCAGGGGGGGGGGGAGUGUUUUCGCCUGCCCAUUGGCGGCAGCACGAGCAGGGGGGUGAGUGCCAUCGCUUUUCACUGCAGCUGCAGGGAGCACCGGCUGUCAUGGCCCUGCCCUUCCCCUUCCUGCACCAGUCCGUCAUCCAGGUGUGGUGUGGUGCGGUGCGGUGCGUGCGGUAUCUGUCCAGUUCUGUGCGGUGCUGCUGUGCUGGACCUGCCCUUCCCCUUCCUGCACCUCUCCGUCAUCCAGGUGCGGUGCAGUGUGGUGCAGUUCGGUGCUGUGCUGUGCGGUGCGGUGCUGCCCAUCAUCAUCUCCAUGCCACACUGCUUAUCUGCUGACAUUGCAAUGACCACAACGCCUCACCUUGUCUUCCCCACCUCGUUCCAUAUCGGCAUGGCCCAGGCCGUUUAUGUGCGUAUCGUGGCGACACACCAUGUGCUCCUACCUCUCAUCCCUCCACCUGCAUACCCACGCUCCACCAUGUACUCCUUGCCACUUCCACUAUCUCCCGCCUCUCUUCCCACCCUCUCCACCGGCUGCCUGUGGGUUGCAUGCGGGAUGCAGGUGGAGCAGGGGCGACACACCAUGUGCUCCUUCCCUUCCUCACUCCACCUGCAUGCCCGUGGUCCCUACGCUGCCCUCUGUGGCUGCUCUUCCGCUCUUGAGCUUCCAACCACCACUGACGAGAGCCGGCCUGACAACGGCCCGCCUGCUCUACUCUCGCCCAGCAGCCCAUCUGCCCGCUCCGCCUCUUGUGCUGCGCCCCCACCCACGCCCUCUAGUCCCCCGCGCAUUCACCCCACACUGCCCCCCUCCCUCCCGCCUCUACCCUUCUCCCCGCUCUCCUGGCGCCACUACUACCUCUGGAGAGGCCUUCCCCUCCACUCGCCCGCUGCACUGCUGCUGCACACGCCACUCACCAUCCUCCUCGCCCUCCACCUGCUCCUCCCUUCCACCGCUCAAGUCCCGGGCCACACGCCUUCAGAUGCUGACGUGCCCUCAGGGGCUGACGUGGCUUCACGCAUUGCAGCUGGGAGGGAGGAGAGAGGAGGAGCGGAUGAGAGCGCAUGUGCAGAGGGGCAGCAGCAGUGCUGGCGGCGUGGUCUGACCUCUCGCCCCUCCCUCUACAUCCAUGUGAUUGGUGCGUAUCCAUCGGUGCGCGUGCGCCCAUUAUCAACCACCUUUGGCCAUUCCCCUCCCCACCAGCCACUCACCAUCCUCCUCGCCCUCCACCUGCUCCUCCCUUCCACCGCUCAAGUCCCGGGCCACACGCCUUCAGAUGCUGACGUGCCCUCAGGGGCUGACGUGGCUUCACGCAUUGCAGCUGGGAGGGAGGAGAGAGGAGGAGCGGAUGAGAGCGCAUGUGCAGAGGGGCAGCAGCAGUGCUGGCGGCGUGGUCUGACCUCUCGCCCCUCCCUCUACAUCCAUGUGAUUGGUGCGCAUCCAUCGGUGCGCGUGCGCCCAUUAUCAACCACCUUUGGCCAUUCCCCUCCCCACCAGCCACUCACCAUCCUCCUCGCCCUCCACCUGCUCCUCCCUUCCACCGCUCAAGUCCCGGGCCACACGCCUUCAGAUGCUGACGUGCCCUCAGGGGCUGACGUGGCUUCACGCAUUGCAGCUGGGAGGGAGGAGAGAGGAGGAGCGGAUGAGAGCGCAUGUGCAGAGGGGCAGCAGCACUUCACCCAACUUCCCCUCGCCUUCCUUCCCCCUCCUGAACCCCCCUCACCACCCACCUACUACACUCUCCACGCUGGCAUGCAGCUCACCACGCCCUCCCUAUCACCCUGCCUCUCAUCAUCCCUCUCACCAAGCACUGCACCUGCAAGGGUGGGCAGGGAGGACCUAGAGGGUGCCUGGCAUGCCUCUCACCACACGCUCUAUCUACCUCUCACCACGCACUCUCUCUCACCACGCCCUGCACCUGCAGGGGCGGACAGGGAGGCUCAAGAGGCGGCAGCACUGGCAGAGCUGAGAGUGCUGCUGCCUGGAGUGGACACGUGUGUGCACCUCAUUGGCCCCAACAUACCUGCACACAUGUGA